CAGCCCUCGUUCCCUCGUCCCACUGUCCACACCCCAUACGAUUAUAUAUUUCUCCUCAGCCCCUCCGUUCCUUUCCUCCGCUAAAACGCAACUAGAUUGCGUUCGGCAGAACAAGCGCUCGGCUGGGAGUUCGGCCGUCGGGGCAACAUGGCAGCGGCAGAAGAGGACACCGACGGCAAAAUCCUAAGGGUCUUCGUGUACGACCGGCGUCGGAACCAGUCAGAUGACGCCGAAAAAGAACUUCAAUGUCACCCGAAAAACUAUGGGAGCUUCCUUACGGACGUCCACAAGGUAUUUGGUAUUUCCUCCAGUGAAACUUUUGUUAUCACAACAACUGACAGAAAACAAAUAACAAGUGAAAACUUUGGUCAAAUUGUUAAAGACAAGAUGACUCUCUACUUGCUACAAAGACUUAAUCAGUCGCUCACUUCAGCAAUAAGGGAACGCAUUGAGUUUUUUCCACAUUAUGACACACUUCUGAAAAGUGGAAUGUAUGAAUACUAUGCCAGCAGGAACCAAAAUCCUCUUCCAUAUGCACUUGCAGAAUUGAUUGAUAACUCUUUAUCAGCUACUUCUCAAAAUUCUGGAGAUCGGUACAUACGCUUAAAACUGUUAUUUGAUGAUACCAAAGGAAAACCAGCUGUUGUUGUGAUAGAUAAUGGAAGAGGCAUGACUUCUAAACAACUAAACAACUGGGCUGUGUAUCGAUUGUCUAAGUUUAUAAAACAAGACAAUAUAGAAAGUGAUCAUUCAGGAUAUGUACAGCCUCAAUUUGUAUCUCGCAGCUUAAACAGUGAUAUAUCGUAUUUUGGGGUUGGUGGUAAACAAGCUGUGUUUUUUAUUGGACAGUCUGUUAGAAUGAUAAGCAAACCUGCAGGUUUUCAAGAUAUUCACGAACUUGUCCUUUCAAAAGAAGAUUUUGAAGAGAAAGAAAAAAACAAAGAACCUGUAUUUACUAGCCAUAUAAGAAAUAGAAAGCCAUAUGAUUCUUCCCACAUUGUUAAUGUUGAUGAGCGAUUUCUGCACACGCUUAUUAAGGAAGAGGAAGGCAGAGAUAGUUUUACUGCUGUUGUCAUUACUGGAAUACGGCCUGACCAUGUAAAAUACUUGAAAGAUAAUUUUCACCAUUGGAUUAGAGAGUUAAAAAAAAUAUAUCAUUACUAUAUCCAUGGACCAAAAGGAAACAUGACUGAUUUGCCAAAAAACGAAGAACAGGUUUUCAAUAAUAUAAUUAUUGAGGUUUCACUGUUUGAAAAGGGGAAGAGACCUCGGAUUGUGAAUCUUAGAGAAAUCAAGGAUAUGCAGACGUUAUAUAUAAAUACAGCAGCAGAAAGCUUUGAGUUCAAAGCUUCUGUUGAAGGAAAUGGAAUAGUGGAAGGAAUUAUACGUUACCAUCCUUUCUUAUGUGACAAAGAAACCUAUCCUACCUUUUCAAAUGAAGAUGAUGAAGAUGAAGAUGAAGAUGAAGAUGAAGAAGAGGAAUGUUGUAGAAUAGAAAAAAGAGCCAGAGGGGAAAACGCUAUUUUUGAAUGUUUUUGGAAUGGAAGAUUAAUCCCAUAUACAACUGUAGCAGACUUUGAAUGGUGUGCUUUGCCCAAAAAGAGAGGGUCCGUUCCAAUUGAAUGUUACAACCGAAUAUCUGGAGUAUUAUUUACAGAUGGCAGCUUUGAAGUCACCACGAACAAACUGAGUUUCAUAAAUCUGGAAUCCAAGUUGAAAGAUAAAAAUACAGUUUUUACACAAGUGAUUAAUGGAAAGGAAUACAGAAUGAAUGAUAAGCAAUUUGCAUCAUGGCUCAAGAAUUGCCAUGAAAAGUAUGAUAAAGAAAUCAAAUUUUUUGAGGUUGAUGGAACAUUUAUACGUACUUUUAAGGAUUCUAAAAGAACAACGGCACUUUGGACUAAAUAUUUCGCAAUUGAAUGGGAUGGAAAAAUAUAUAAAAAAGGGCAGUUGGUAAAAACGGUACGAUCAAAUAAAAAACCUUCACUUUAUGGCAGCAUACAAUAUUUUUCUUUACCUGGAAAACAUGAUGGAAUUGUCUAUGGUCUUGGUGGAGAUGUUCAUAUAACUUUGGAGCCUCGAGCAUUAUACAAUGAAACAAAGAUCACUCCAAUAUGCAAACUUGAUCGUUCGGUGUCUGAAGCAAAACUGGAAAAACACAUUGAAGAGGAAAAGACUCGAUUUCCUGAUAGUCUGUCAGUAACAUGGCCUAAAGGAAAUGAAUUACUUUCAGGUGACGUUAAGUGUGCAGGAUUUACAAUAGGAGAUCUACAAAUUGAAAUACUGAAUAAAAAAGGCAAGCCUAUCCAAACUCUUCCAGGAGGAUCAAAGAAAUUACUUGUACAACUUAAGGUUGUUUUGCACUCUUCUGGUCAAAAGAAGGAACUCAUUUCUCAUACCAGUCAACAUACACAAAACUGGGGUUACUGGUUCAAAAAAAUGGAAAAUAUUGUUGACCUGGGAAACUACACGCUAAAUUUGCAAGUGGUGUUGAAUGAAAGUAAUCCAGACACUCGUGCAGAAAUCCCUCUUCCAUCUAAAACAUUUAAAUUUCGUGUAAUAGAAGGCAAAGCUCAGAAGUUUACAAUAGGUAAUUUGGAUCCUCCAUUUCGGAUAGGGCAUCCAUUCAGUAUUCCUCUAGAUUUCCAGGAUGAAUUUGGACAUAGCACUCAACUGAUGGAAGAUAUUAAACCAGUCCUUCAAGCAAGCGGUCUAAGAUUACAGUAUGAAGAAAUAAAAAGAAGACGAAAUUGUGUCAUUACAGGCAUAAUUGCUAAAGGCUGUGUAAAUAAUUGGCAAGGCAAGAACUUUAAUCUAAAGAUCAUUGUUCCUGGUCUAAAGGAAGAAUCCCAAGUUUUGAAAAUUAAAUUUCUCCCAGGCCUUCCUCAGCAGCUAAGUGUGAAACCAGAUUCUGAUGUCUUGACAAUUGAGAAUGGAACAGCUUUCUCUUUUCAUGUUGAGGUAUUGGAUGAAGUAGGUAACAUAACAGUUCAACCAAACCUGCUUGUUCAGUGCAAGUUUUUAGGAGUUCCAGGCCUUCCUGUAUAUUCUGUAGAUUUCAGCAGCCCUGAAAAAAAUACAUUAACUGGACCAGUUCUGCACAUUCAAAAUAUAAAGAAAGAUCAAAACCUUAAAGCAAAAAUUGAAAUACCAAGUUUUAAAAAUGUGCCACCAGUACACAAGACUAUCAUACUGCUUCCUAGUGGGCGUCCUGCAGGACUUAAGAUUUAUUGCAGUGAAGGAGAAAACAUUGUUCAGAUUAAAGACAAAGAAGUAAUUAAUGGUGUUGCAGGUGAAACGCUAAAAAAUCUUACAUUUCAAAUGUAUGAUGAAGGAGAAAGAGAAAUCAAAAUAAUUCCAGCUCUAGCUGAAAAAAUUAAAGUAAGCUGGACUCCAAAGCUUAAUAGCAAAGAACUGAUCCAAGGAUCACUACCUAAUGUGAAAGUUCCAACAUCUGUAAAAGAUGAAUGCUGUUGUCUGCUUACAUUCAGUGAUGAAGGCGUGUCUUUGGCAAGUUCAUUUGUGGUCAGACCACUUGCUGAUGAGCCAAAACAUAUCAAAUGCAAAAUUAAAGGACCAAAUAUAAUAAAAAUGGGUGAAAAGCUGCAAGAUGAAAUUGAGAUAAUGAUUACUGAUCAGCAUGGAAAUCAGAUUCAAUCCCUGUCAUCUUGUAUGAAUGCCUUGAAGAUUUCUGGAAAUGGUCUGGAUAAAUCAGAAUUGAAAACUUUUUGGAAGGAAAUUACACAAACUAUUUCUAUCAAAGGAAUUAAGUUUGAACCAGGCCCACCAGAAGUUAAAGAACUGCACGUUGCUUGGCGUGAUUUGUCCCAUUACCUGAAGUUAAAUUUGAUUGCUGGCCAUCCUGCUAAAUUGGGUCUUCUGGAUUGGAUAGAACCAGGCAAAGCUAUAUCUGUAAUUAAUGGCAAAGAAUUACCAAAGGCUCUUAUAAUCCAGCUCUGUGAUCAGUGGAAUAAUCCAUCCAAUGAACCUAAUGUCAAAAUCAAACUUGUAAAAGAUAAUGAAAUAAAGAUUGUUCCUUCAAAUAUGCUGUAUCAAACAAAUGUAACUGGUCGAGCGAACUUUGGAGUUCUUACUAUUCAUGCUCCUAAAGGAAAGUACAACUUGCAUUUCGAGGCCUCCUAUAAUGGGAAAGUACUAAGAAGUCCAGUGAUCAAAAUAAAGGUUUGGCCUGACCCAGAAAAACCUGUACAUUUAAAUAUUAAAUAUGAUGAGAGUGCUAUCUUCACCGCUGGAAACAUUCUUCCUGAUUUCCUGGUUAGUGUUAUUUCUGAAGAUGGCAACAAUAUUAAAAAUAUAAAUCCAGAAAGGAUUUGUAUGAAAAUUAAGGAAACAGACAAUGAUGAAAAUAUUACAACAUUUCAGUGUAUCAAAGCAAACAAUGACAUGGAUGAGGGCUGGUUUUGCUUCAGGAAUGAAAUGAAUCCAAAAAAAGCAGGCAAAUACAGCAUCCAAUUUAUAUUUACAAUUGACAAAAAAAUUGUUCUUAGUAGUAAAGAGAUUAUAAUUAAUGUGGUGCCAAACCAGCCAAAACUGUUGAAGCCACAAACUGUGCCAAAUACCCCUGCUGUGUCUAAGGUUCAGGACGUUGACAGUCGGACCCUUGUCAAGAACUUGGUCCUCAUUGUAACGGAUAAAUACGAUAACUGUACAGGAAGUGAUUUAAAUGGAAAAAUUGAAGCAAAAAUUAAAAGUGAAACUGAGAACAACUGUGAUAUUCCCUGGUUUCAAGGUGAAAAAAGGACAGUUGUAUUUCCUUUUCAUAGAGGAACUGUUGAAAUUGAGGAUCUUGUGCUAGCAGAAAAUAGUCCGGGAAAAAAUAAAACUAAGUAUAUUCUUGAAUUUGAGCCAGUCAUACAUAAUUUAGAACAACCUUUGGAACCUUAUUCUUUACCCUUUAUGUUUUAUCAUGAUUAUACGACUCAACAGAAGAUGGCAAAACAUACAAAAGAGAAAGGCAUCCUUUCACAGUUAAUAAAGAAACAUACAGAUUGGUUCGAGUCUAAGAAUCAGCAUAUUGCUACAAUAGAAUGCCAAGCACAGGAAGCUAGGAAAAAGGAGUCACAGCUCAAGAAUAAACUGAAAAGACAUCAGAUUGACAUACCUGAGGCCAAUGUGCUGCAGCAUAUUGAUACCUUAAUAAAACUUAAGGCUGAGCAGGAAAAACUAUUGAAACAACGUAGAAGAAUAUGCGCACUUGACAAUUAUCCCAGAAGUAAUAGGGAUAUUUUGGGCAAGAUUUCACACUUAGCACAAAUUGAAGACGAUGAAGUAGCAAAGGUCAUUUCCUGGCAUUUGACAAGUGAUAUGGAUUGUAUAGUCACUUUGACAACAGCUGCUGCAUGUCGUAUCUUUGAGGAGACUAACGGUACACAACAAGUGUUGCCUCUUGAUUGUAUUCAUAAGAAGAAUCUUCCAGAUUGGAACAGACCUUUACCUCAUUUGCAAAAUAAAAGAAACUCUUUCAGUCCUAUUGGAAAUCCUGUAUUUGCUAGGAACUUGCUAAUAUUUCCAGAGCACAUGGAGAAUUGCAAAAUGGUGUUUGGGGUGCUCUUGCGUAAUACAAUUAUUAUUGACAAUUUGGAAGCUGCCAUUCAGUACAGAAGAGAAGUUGUGAAAACGACAGAUUGUCCAACUUUAUUAACAAGAGACGGGUAUAGAAUUCUCAGUAAUGGAAAGUUUGGAGGCCUUCCAAAUAAAGCCCCGCCUAUAGAGAAGCUUCGGGGGAUGGUUUUUGGAGCACCUCUGCCACCGGAUUACAAUAUUGUCUGCCUACAGAAAGACCUCCUUGAGCAGUACCAAGAAGCAUUUCUCAAAUGUAAUGAACUAAAUGAUGAACUUGAAAAACUACGAUCCUUUGAUAUUUCAGAAAUGGAAAAAAAAGAACAACUUGAUGAAUUGAAAAGCAAACUUGCACUAACAGAGGAGAUAUUAGGUAUGAUCUCAUCAAAUCAAUGCAACGAAUUAUCGCCGCUUUCAGAAGAACUUGGGACGUGGGCUCUAAACCCAUCAGAAACAAGAAGAGAAUUGAACCGUUCACGCAGGUUUGUCUAUCAGGUCAUGGGCAGGGGCUGGUGGAAUGGAAAGCAGGCCCAGUGCCUGCAGGGAUCCAGGUGGGGAGAUGGGGGGAAGAUAGGCAGGGGGAGUGGCAUUGUCUCUGCAGUUGGCAUAGGGACAAACGAUUGAUGGGUGUGCUGCAGGGGCCAAAUCCUUGAG